AUAAAUAUAAAUCAUAGCCUAAAUAUAAAUAAUUUAACAAAUUAAAUUAGAAAAAAAUAAAAAUCCCGGGCGUAGCCCGGGUUAAUCCCUAGUCUAUACUAAUAAAGUAGAACAGAAACACUCCAGAGGCUGCCACGUCAGCAGACCCCGUUCGUUUUGCUGACACGUGUCGAAGGGAGAGGGGAUUUCGUUUUUUUCUUACGCGAGAGUUUGGUUACGGGAGGAGAUUUGGUUUUGUUUGGGCUUUUGUUUUUACUUUGGGCCCAAGUGAUGUUGCUAGGGUUGACGUAUGCUCACGGCGUUGCCAUUUCCGCCUUCCUCUUUCCAUCGUUUUUGCUUUCUCACCUCUCUGUAACGUAGUCUUCAUUGAAAUCGAUCUUUAAUUCGAUCAUCAAUUUUCACCCCACCUCUCUUCCCACUCCAUCUCAUUUGCUCUUAUGGACGACCCGGUUUUGUAACAGAUCGGAGGUGGCGCUAUAAAUACGUGUGUCUUGGAGCGAUGAGGAUCUACAGCUCUGAGAUUUAUAGCUUAAGCAAUCCGACGCGCCUUCCGAUAUGUCUUCAUAUGUUCUUCUCGCUAACUUGAGAGCAGGCCGUUGCUCAAACACCGCUGAAGUUCGUCUUCUGAGGUUCUGGGAAGCUCGCAACGUCAGGAAAGAUGGAGAGCUUAUGAGCCUUGACAUGCUUCUCCUUGAUGAACAGUCUACGCUGAUACACGGGAGCAUCAACUCAAGCCGCGUUGACACUUUCCGGAGGCGGCUCAGUGAAGGCUCCGUCUACUCUCUCAGUGGUUUCGACGUGGCACGGGCUAACCCAAAAUACCGACUCUCUGACUCUCCGGUGUCCAUACGCUUCAAUGAUGGGACUGAGUUAUUCAGGUUUCGCAGCCAUGAACAGUUUCUGGCAUUGGCAAAUACUAACAGAGAACUCCCAGAUAUCGUUGGUGGAGUAAGUUCCGUGAGGAGCACGAUCACCGACGGUCUACGCGGUCCUCAGCGUGUAAUGGUGACUCUACGUUUGGAAGGGGAUGUCAAUGUUUGUGUCAGUAUGUUUGAUGAUCGUGCUGUAACUUUCCAAACUAAGUUUGACGAGCACGUCUCUAAGCCAAGGGUUAUACUGUUUACAAGUAUCAAUCCCAAAGUUGUUGGAGGGAAGCUUUUUCUCAACGCUACGUCUGGUACGCACUUUUAUUUCGACCGUGAAACAUCAGCUGGAAAAGAGCAUUAUGAAAAGCUGGUUGGUGAUGGAGCCAAUUCGAGCUCUUCUAAAUCAAAAGUGGUCUCAGCUCAGAAAAUCGAGCCCUUGACCGUUGCUGAACUGAACCAAUAUGUCCUUGCCGCUGACCCACAGGAUAUUGAGUUCCUAUGCAAGGCCGAGGUGACCAGUCUUCAGUCGGAUAAGGGAUGGUGCUAUAUCGGAUGCUCCAAAAGCGCAAAGAAGCUUCAGCGGGAUGAAACAUCUUUCACUUGUCUCUCGUGUGAUAGGGAGAACGCUACGGGUGUGUUAAGGUAUCGGGUGGAGUUCUCGGUGGCGGACCAUACGGAUGAGGCUGUAUUUGUAGCAUUUGAUACAGAGAUUGCUAAGCUAACCAACAUCCAAGCAUCUGAGGCUGCACAUAUUUUUGGUGCGGGUGUGAAUGCUAGGGUCGACAGCGACUUCCCUCCGUUCUUGAAUGAAGUAGUUGGAAAAACUUUCACUUUCCAGCUCAAGUUGGGUCAGUUCAACUUCACCUCCAAGCACCAGAGUUUCACUGUCUCCCGUAUAAUAAGUGAACACGAGAGAGCGCCAUUGCCAGCGUUUGUUAACGAUGGGGGUGAUCAUGGACCAGCUGACAAUGGAGAUGGUGUGGCACCAAAGAUUGAUGAGAGUACCGUUGUCAGCAACAAUGCAUCGGCAUCAAAUGUCCCAUAUCACGGUUCUCAGGCUGCAAAAAACAGAAGCUUGUCAAUGAUGGGAACGUGAAGAAGAAGGCACACAAGGAGUAGAUCAACCUGGAUUGCAUCAUUUCCCACCGCUUACCUAUCAAAAAAUGCUUUAUCUUUUGUUCAUCUUUUUAAUUUAAACUCUUUAGUUUCUUUUUUCCUAAUAUUAUAGAUUUGAAUUCUAUGUCUGGUGGAUGUUUUAACGAAUGCAAUCUGAUCUUUUUCUUUCGAUAUUAUACAGUCUUCCGUUUUGGUGCUUUGA